AUGACGCUGAGAGGCUGCACGAUGCAGACCGCAAUCUUCGUUGUCCUCCCACUGGACGAACAGAAGCGGCUGAACGCUGCAACAGCUUUUCAAUGCCUCGAAGCUUCUGCCAGUCCUUCUGGCAAGUUUUUGGAGAACAUGGUGGUGCAAAGACGUCUGUGUGGGGUCUGGCCCAAGGCCAGGAAAUUCGUGGCGGUGUGCGCCGGGGGAGUCCUGCUACAUUCCGGGCUUGCAGGUGAGGCUCUGCUGCAUCGGAGUGUGGACGCAGGUCCAGGGUCAUCCUCUGUUCAACCCACAGUUCCCACAUGUAUCCUCGGAAAGCAACCAAACCAAGACGGGCCAAGUCCUGCCAGCGUUGAGCUGUCAAGAAAGCAACUCCACGCUACGCUGCAUUGCUCAGGCGAGGGCUACAAGGUCGUUCCAAACACUACGACGAACGUCUGCAAAGUGGAAAAAGAUGCCAAGGUCAAGGCCUGCGCCGACGAUGAAAACAACAAACAAAUCACUCUGCAACAUCUCCUCGGCGCAAAAGACCAGAUCGAAUGGACCCGAACCCCGAUCCCCGAUCCCUCAAAAUCAAAGCCUCCCGAUAACGGCGAGGCGUGGACGUUGCAACUGCAACACGCUCAGCUCCCACUGUCGGAUAAAACAUUCUUCGUUGGAUGUCAAAAAGAAAACGAGGAAGCCACGCAGUGCAAGCUCACAGUGAAUGUGAAAGCAAAGCCCUCGUCAGUCAUCAAUAAUGUCGUCACUUGUGCUUACGGCCAGGACAGUAACGAAGACGGUCCAGUGGAAGUGUCCCUGACAGCAGAGAACAGCACACUGGAGCUUGUUUGUGGGACAGAAGGAAUUAUCAGGCCUGACGCAUACCAGACAAGGUACUGCGAAGAUGCAGGCUUGCAAAACUGCAAAAACAGCUACAGCGAUAUUCUUCCAAACUUCGAUAAGUCUUGGUGGGAGGGGACUGAAAAAUCUCCGCAACAAGCACAGUUGAGGAUCCCUCCAACGGGUUUUCCUGGUGAAGACCAGUCCUUUUAUAUUGGCUGCGACAAGAACAAGACAAUGGCGAACAAGCGGCAGGCGGAAUUGAAGUCGGAAGUAGUUCCAGAGCCCCCUGUCAAGCCUUCCGCCUGCAGAGUGUUAGUGACAAUUAAGGCGGCUAGUGUUUCCUCAGCGACGAUGGCUGUUACGCGCCUGGUAGCCGCAACCUCAGGCGUUGCCGCAGUUACUGGCAUUCUUGUCGGCGUUCUGUAG